UAAUGCAAACACAGAAACGAGAAGUCUAGAGGUGAGCCGAGUCGGGUCUAGAAACGAGAGAGCGAGCGUUCACCGGAGUACUCCAUAGGAUCUAUAGGUGUCUACGCCUUACACAUCCAUUCAUCCAACCUUCCUCAUCUGCCUCUCCUCUUCCUCCCCCAGCCCCCUGGAGCCAUCGUCCUGCCCGCCCCAGAGAGGAGAUGCGAUGCGCGGGCAGCCGAGCCUAACCGAGGCCCUGGCACCCUUGAUGAUCAAGUGUGCUGUCCUCGAAUGGCAGGGGGAUCACCUGCGAGUGAGUGAAUGAGGAACAUGCAGACCCUCUCUAUGUCCUGACCCCCAGCUGUUUUUUUUAUAUCAGAUUUGGGAAGGAUUGUCAGCUUGAUGAUUUUGUGAGAAACCUAGUUGCCUGUUCACUUACGUAGCUCAGGGCAGAGGAAAACAUGAGGGAUUCCCAUUGGCUAUCAGCUUUUGUUUUGCUGGUCCUGACUGGACUGCAGAGACACAGUGCAGCUGCUAGGAUGCCCUGUGCUGAGCUCCACACUCCGACGCCACUGGUGGCUCAUGGCUCCAAGUUCUUGGCCUCCUGUGUCAUCGCUGAGAACUGCCCAUGGACUGAGGUGCAGUGGCAUUACAACGGCACGCUACUCCAGCCCUCAAGGAUGGUGACCCUCAGCAACCGCACCACUCAGAUAUCCGUCGACAACUUCUCAGAGCCCAGUGGCUAUCUCACCUGCUCCAUAUGCCGUGAGGCUGACUGUCAGAUCGUGGCAGGACAACACAUCUUGUCAGGGAACCCUCCACGCCCUCCUCAGAAUCUCAGCUGCCAAACGAAUCUGGCCAAAGACAUAGAUCUGACCAAAGACAUAAUGCAAUGCACAUGGAUCCCGGACUCUGACACUGGCAUUUCCACUGAAUAUACCUUCCACACAGAGAAAAAGUCAACAGGUCAGCGGUAUAACUACACCAUCCCAGCUGGGGAGAGCCGCAUCACUAUAAAGCGAACUGAGAUUCCAUUCUUCAGUAAGAUCCAGGUGUAUGUGAAGGCCCAGAAUGCCUUGGGCCUCAACACCUCAAAGCACCUGCUGUUCGACCCCUUGGAGGCUGCAAAGUUCGAUCCCCUUGUGAUCGAGUCAAUCAGGCCGCCAAGGGAUGGGUGCCUGUCUCACAGCUGGAGGCUCCAGAAGGGCCAGGACUGGUUGACCAGCUCAGCGUUAAAGGUGGAGCUUCGCCUGAAACCAGUGAAUGCUACUGCCACAGCUUAUGAAAGGGUUUGGAAUAAGACAGUCAGGGGAGGGAAGGACAUUGAGGUGUGUGGACUACUGCACGGCACGGAGUACCAGGCAAAGGCGAGGGUGCGCUACAAGACCAGCCCCUGGAGCGACUGGAGUGGCUGGGCCCAGGGCAGCACACUGAUGAAGGCCCCCGCCGGGUCUCCGGAUACAUGGCUGAGGGUGAUGAAUGAAGGACCUAUUUACAAGAUUGUCCAGCUGGCUUGGAAGCCCUCCAAGCAGUUCCGUGCCAAUGGCAGGCCACUGACCUUCGAGGUCUCGCUAAAGCCCGGGAUGAAGUGGCGGAGGUGUGUCACCGACAGGAGACAUUGCACGGCCACAGUCCCCAAGCGGUGUGGCAAGGUGUACCUGACAGCGCAGAACCCCGCUGGCAGAUCCAGGCCCACUGAAGUGCGCGUGUAUACAAACAGAGACCUCCCGCGAGUUGCUUCCCUGAGUGUCCGGCCUCAUGGAGACACUUCCCUGGAAGUGCACUGGAGCCAUCCCUCUCCAGCCAACUCUCUCUCUUCCCCUGAGCCUAUAGGAUACGUGGUGGAGUGCAGACAACUGAACAAUAACGGCUCCUCUUUCCUCACCUUUCAUCUGGCAAACAGGAAUCAAACAAGCGCUUUGCUGUCUGAUGAAUUUGAACCCUACACGCCCUAUGAGAUCUCAGUGUACCCCAAGUAUGCAGAGGGAGUGGGUCUUCCUCUAAACGAGACGGUCUACACCAGACAAGGUGCUCCCUCCGCAGCUCCCAUACCAAAUUUGAUCUGGCGGCCUCACGCCGAACUCACCUGGGAUGAGAUUCCGAUGACGAAGAGGAAUGGCAUCAUUCAAAGCUACCAGGUGUUCUACAGGGAUGAGCAGGGCAACAUCAAAGUCAUUACAGCGCCGGCCGACCACAGACGCGUGGUCCUGGAGGAUCUGGAACCCAUGACCAUGUUCAAGGCCUUCAUCAUGGUCAGCACCUGCAAUGGCAGCUACAACGGAACCAUGGUGGCAUUCCACAACUCAGCCAGUGCCUUUGGGAUGGUUCUGAUCGGGGUGCCUACGUGUGUGGGAAUAAUUUUGGUUAUCAUCAUCAUCAUGCUAACCAGCUUAGCCAAGCACAAAUGGCUGAAGACAUGCCUGUGGCCUAAAAUCCCUGACCCAGCGAACAGUAGCAUUAGAAAGUGGAGCACAGCUGAGUUAAUACAGGAGAGUCCGCCCCCUAAGAGUCCAAUGGAGCCGGUGCUGGUCUUCCUGUCCCACUUCAGUGUGGUGGACCUGACAGACCGCCACCUGGAGAAGCUGAUGCAGAGCCAGAGCAGCAAAGAACGCUGGCUGUGCAACGAGAGCGACUCAGACCUCUACUCCUGCUCUUCCUCACAGAGCCCCUACGACACUGACGGCACCACCAGCGAAUCCGUGCCCUACGCCACAUUGGUCUUCUCAGGUGGCUACCAAGGCCAGCCUCCACCUCCUAAUCCUAAUCCUGAUGCUAGUCCCAAUCCCAAUCCCAAUCCCAAUCCCGACCCUAAACCUAAUCCUAAACCUAAACCUAAAGCUCUUCCUCCUACAUAUCUGCGCUCGGAGUCUACCCAGCCCCUGUUAGCAGAGGAGGAGCUUCAGAGCCCAGGCCCUUUUAGCCCGCUGCCCUACCGCAACGUAGGCCUACCUGCGCAGGCGGGGGGGCCAAGUCAUGACUUCGGAGAGUGUGAAGAAACAAGGGGAGACAAGGAAGAGGAACAUCAGCGGUGGGAAGACUUUCCACUUCUCAACUCUUUAGCCAUAAAAGAAGUUUAAUGGAACAGACUUGGCAGACUUUCUGACGUGACAUUAAGUUGCUUUUGAGUGAAAGGACUGUUUAGUACAGGGCUAUUCAAUUAAAUGUCACAGAGGGCCAGUUUUUCGAAUUUCUCCCAUCAAAGGGGCCGAACAUGGAAUAUGUAUGUAUUAUGGUUGCAUAAUUUUGCAUUUCUUUGAUGUAAUUUCCUGCAUUUCCUGGCCUGUUUCGGCUCAAUACGGAACCCAUACUUUUAUCUCUAAAAGUUUCCAUUUUGUUCUGACCUCGUGGGGGGCCAGAGCCUUGCAGUCCAAGGGUCGCAUCUGGCCCCAGGGCCACCAUUUGAAUAGCCCUGGUCUAGUAUAUAGGAUAUGGGUUGUGCAUCGCUCAGUUGUCACAUUCCUGUUUUUUUCAUUAAUUCUUAGAUGCCCAUGGUCUUGCUAAUCUGAAAUGGCAACUCUGAGGCGUAGCCAAGAUGGCCGCGUAGUGCAAUGACUUAUGGGAAGGGACUUGGGUUAGAGUGUGAGGAUUUCAAUGGUAGCAAGAGCACCCAUAGAGUGCCGACCUCUGCCAAGCAAACUCAGAUAUGGACAGUGUGGAUAUUGAGCGAUUGCGGAUACCAACAAACUGGCAAAAAUUCAAAAUGAUACAAUAAUGUGAUGUCAAGUUUUGCCAAAAAAAUAAAUAAAUGCACAUACCUUGUGAAAAAAAUCCCUCAGAGGUACGAAAUGAUCAGGGGUGAAAAAAAUCAAUCAAUAAAAAAGGUUUAAAAAAAAAAAA